CGGUGGACUCCUGGGAGGGAGCUGAAGCCGCUCGGAAAACUCCCCUAGUCCCCACCUCUCUCAGCUUCCGGCUGGUCGUAGUUCCGCUUCCUGUCCGACUGUGGUGUCUGCUGAGGGUCACAUUGAGCUGCAGGUUGCAUCCGGGGUGCCUUUAGGAUUCAGCACCAUGGCGGAAGACAUUGAGACCAAAAUCAAGAACUACAAGACUGCCCCUUUUGACAGCCGCUUCCCCAACCAGAACCAGACCAGAAACUGCUGGCAGAACUACCUGGACUUCCACCGCUGUCAGAAGGCAAUGACCGCUAAAGGAGGCGAUAUCUCUGUGUGUGAAUGGUACCAGCGUGUGUACCAGUCCCUCUGCCCCACAUCCUGGGUCACAGACUGGGAUGAGCAACGGGCUGAAGGCACGUUUCCCGGGAAGAUCUGAACUGGCUGCAUCUCCCUUUCCCUGUCCUCCGUCCUUCUUCCAGGAUGGUGAAGGGGGACCUAGUACCCAGUGAUCCCCACCCCGGGAUCCUAAAUCAUGACUUACCUGCUAAUAAAAACUCAAUGGAAAAGUG